UCUUAUCAGUAUUGGUCAUAGCGCCAUGGAAGGUAUAAAACCAAGCGUCAUCAACAGUGUUGUUAUCACACCCACGGUAUUCUUAGACCAUGUUGUUCUUUCUAUAUUUGCUGUUCAUGGUUUCCAUGACAUCAAGCCAUGAUCCGACGGAAACAUUCCCGCACAAGGCCACACUGGAUCCAAACUACCACAUUUUUUGGAAGACAAACCAAAGCAGCAUCACGUUCGAGGCGCACGUGGCAGCGCACGGUUACGUCGGGUUCGGUCUGACCGCCAACGCCAGCGGUGCAAUGUACCCUGGUGACGUCGUUAUGGGCUACGUCAGCAACGGACAGUCUUACUUUGGAGACUACCAUACCGAUCGACAUGGACAGCCGAUUCGUGACGGGUCACAAGAUUGGACCCUGCUCCUCGCCACCGAGGACAACGAGGGAACCAUUAUGAAGUUUAGCCGCGCUUUGCACACACGCGACAAACCAGACGACAUAGAUAUCAAUAGCGGUAUAAGCCACGUGAUCUGGUCGUAUUCUCGUGAAGACCCCAUUGCACCCACAAACUACACUUACCACAGAGCACUCAGGGGCAGCAUGGACCUUGAGCUCGUUUCAGGUGGAGGGACACCCGUGGGGCGGGCGCUGCUUUGAGAUGGAUCAUGCUGUGAAUACGGAAAUGAAUUAAAUCACAUGUGCUAGUAUUAAA